CCGUAGAGCUGAGGGAAACUGCAGAGCUGGCUGAUAAUUCUCUGUGGGGUCACUACCUAUUUCAAGUAUUCAUGUGAUCCAUUAAGAGCCACUUCUUCCAGGAUAGAAUCUGCCGGACCGGUGUUUGUCUAUAAACUUAUAUUGAUUAUUGCCUACAAUUUUCAAAAGCAACAUUCCUGACCACACAAUCAGUAACAUAUUCCUAAUCACUGGCUUGGCUUGGAGGGAGGGCUGGACAUAAAAAGACUUAAUACCCUUCCCAGAACAAGAAAGAAGCUCAUUGCAGCUCCUCAAACAGCCAGUAGACGUCUCUCUUGCUUCACUUUCAUGUAUAAAUCCAACACAGGCUCCUUUGCCUGAGCAGAGAAGUGUCCAAAGUUCAGCUAAUUGUUGACUACUGUAAAGCCGCAGCUUUCACUUCAAAUUAUGCACUUUAUCAGCGGUUUGAAUGUUGCUGAAAUUGUGUUAAUCCUUCAUACAGGAAUCCUUCAAUAAUUUUCCAUCUGCAUAUGUGAUGUGGGACUUAUUCUGGUUAUGAUUUUAAAUUGAAUAUUCAGAGCUCUGGUUCAAUUUUCCUAUUUCAUAGUUCAUGUGUCAGUCUGGGAACUCCCCCGUCAUUUUUGUCUGGCUCUCCUCCCUCUCCUCAUCCCCCUAUCCUUCACCACUACUGAGCUCCAGCCCUCCUCAGAGAACAUCUGAGCCACAUCAGGUCACUAGGGGCCCAGCAGAUGGGUAUUCAUCUCUACAUGACUCCUGAGCUUUUACAUGUGAGCAGCCACAGCCUGAAGUCACAGAUCUGGUGAUCAGAUCUGCUUCUGGGCUCUAAAGAUUUAAGAUCUAGAUCUUUAGGCCUUCACAAGUGGUCUUAGAGUCUCCACCUGAUGAAAUCUUGGAGUAUGAGGGUGAGCCGAGUUCUGCCGCUGUCCGUUUUGCUGGUGGGAAUCUGUCAGGCCCACUGUGCCCCUUCAACAGGUGUUCCCUCCACGGCCGGUGAGGUGAAGAUGCUGUCGCUGGGACUGGCUCACCUGCUGCAGGCGGUGGGGGAGAACGCAGAGAGGCUGGAGCAGCAGGGAGAGCAGGUGGCAGCAGAGCUGGACGGGUCCACAAAGAGUCUGGAGAGCUUUCGUAAGCAAAGUUUACAGGCAGGACGGACUCACAGGCAGGUGAGGAAGGACCUGCAGAUACUGAGCGCCAGGGGGGACAGGCUGUGGAGGGCGGCCAGAGAUCUGCAAAAGGGGCUGGCGGAUCUGGAGACAGAGCAGGGAGCCAUGCAGCACCGGAUGGACUGGAUCCUACAGAGAGUGAGGAGCCUGACCGAGCUGAGGACAGGGCCUCAAACUCAACUUGAAAUCAGCGCCAUGAAGGUCAUUAUUGAUAAACAGGCCGAGCGGCUCGCCAGUCUGACCGCAGAGGUUUCAGGCCGGGACCGAAUGAUUGAUAGACGCCUGCAGCACAUUGACCACCUGGAGAAACAGGUGUCUGACAGUCUCCCAGCAGCACUGAGGGCAGAACCUGACUCCGACUGUGUCUGCUGAGCACAGCUGCAUCAACACAGCCACUCUGAACCAGUCCACUCGCACGCUGCGAGGAGGAUGACUUUGUAAAGCCGACAAAAUGAACUGCUCUGAAAGUCAAACAAGGGUGUGUCACAAACAACAAAUGUGUCUUAUUUACAUAAAUACACAUUUGGGUAACUUUCCAACACAACCUGUCAAUUAUGUUAUAUAUAUAUAUAUAUAUGAGUAAUAUGUUGUGUUUAAAACUAUUGUCAAUGUGUGUUGUCCUCUGUUUGAAAAUGUCUCAAAAACAAAACUUGUUCCUGACACAUCAUGCGUGGCUUUGACUUUCACAAUAUAUUGUGGUUGAUGAUGGCGGUGAAUUGCCUUGUGCAGAAACUUUGCUCAUGCAUACCCGAAUAAACAGACGCACACUGAGGUCAGAGAAACCUUCAGACUAGUGUUGUAAUACUCGAGACUGGUCUUGGUCUCAACAAGUUGGUCUAACAACACACACAACUGACUAAAAUAAAAAUACAUAAUCUAAUCGUACUCUCGGGUCAUUUGUUCAUGAAGGAACAUAGUAAUAUGAAUUAUUAUAUGAAAGUUGUCAAAAUUUUAAGUAAUGUCCAGUAAAGACAGCGGAAUAUUCUUUCAGUGGGUUAACAGUAGGAUAAAAGUCAAAAUAUAUUCUGUGUGUACACAAGUGGUUCAUAUUGUACCUGACAGACUAUGUCAUAACCUUUACUUAACCUCACAUUCAUUUGGACAUGUUUAUCUAGUGCUCUUAUAGGUCAGUACUUCUCAGCCUCAGGCUCAAGGCAUUCUGUGUUAUAAACAGUUAGUUUAGUAUUUAAAUGUUGACUUUUAAAAUGAAAUUGACAAAACAGAGGAACAAAUAACAGAUGCAAGCUU